AAUUUCAACAACAAUCAAAUCAAAGUUUCAAGAAAAGCAAAGAAUUCGGCCAAGCUAAGGAUCGGAGGGGUUGUAAUAAUAUAAUGGAUUCAAGGAAGUUUACACUACCUCUGAACUAUGAAGAUUUUGAUCCAGAUUAUGAUCAGGUACAAGAGCCUCAAGUUGACACUCUCCUCAUUUAUUUACCAGAUUUCAGGAAGGAGCAGAUAAGGGUUCAAUUAACCGGAACAGGAAUCCUGAAGAUCAGCGGUCAGCGGCGGCUGGAAGGCGACAAAUGGAAGCGGUUUUUGAAACAAUUCCAGGUUUCAUCCAACUGCGACACCAACCGGAUCAGUGCCAAAUUCGAAUCUGGCACUCUCUACAUAACACAGCCCAAACUUAUCAUCCCUGCAGCAGUGGAAAAACCUGCAGAUGCAGAAGGAGAAGAAGAAAAAAAAACGAAGGAAGCUGCGGAACCGAAAGCAGGCGAAGAAUCGGAGAAUGGUUCUGACAAGGAAGGCGUAGGCCCGGCUUCCGAUGAUAAGAAAGCGGCGGAUGAUAAAAGGGCCGCCGUUGCUGGAAAAUCUGAUGGCGCCGCCGGAAAAGCUGCCAAAAUGAUGGAUGGUUACAGUGGCAGUGCGGAGGCGGUGCAGCUUAAGAGGUCAAGAAAGAUGAUGAAUGUUGCUUUGGUGGUUCUGUUGGUUGUUGGUGUUGGCUUGUAUCUUAACAGCAAGAUGAGGUCUUCGUCGUCCAAUGAUGCUGCUGGAGAGCUAUGAAGAUUUACGUAAUAAUAAUUCAUAAUAUUAUCAGUCAUUAAAAUGUAUAUAUAUUGAUCCAAUUGAAUGUGGUAUUUCUCUGUGCGUUCCAUGUUAUUGUAAAUUUAAUGGCGUAGAAAGUGAAAAUUUAAUGGCCAAGAAUGGGGCAAACUAUGCUAUGGACUCUGGUUCUGCAAGGUAGACCAGGUUCAUAUUCUCAAUUUAAAAACUUUAUUUUCAUAAUUU